GGUUCACUUCCGCCUCCAACUUUUUUUUUUUUUGUUUUUUUUUUGUUUGAUGAGGCUGAAUCUAUCCGAUAAAUCAUCACAUCCUUGUUCUUCAACGUCAACUCCUCUCUAAUCCAUCUCAUAACAUGAUCGAAAUAAUGACCCAGUUCAUCAUCAGUUCACUUUCGGCAUAAUUCAUUUGUCCCUGCUUUAUCCAGCCAGCACUUGUCAGGCUGCCAUUGGGCCACCUGCAUUGGCCGAAUCUCAUCCCACUGCGCGAGUGACCGAGUGACGGGCUGACUUUACGCGCGCGAAAACAGAACUAUGACCGUACACUCCGCCUUUUCAACUCGACCCUGACCGAACCAGCCAUCUGGGUCUUGCAUAACCUCUCCCCACCAUUGACGGGCCCGUGUCUUAAUUGUUUCUCAUCAGAAAUCAGGAGCCUAUCUUUCUUGGCUUGCGUUUGUUGUUAGUCUUUCUCAUCUAAGCUACCCUUAGCUACCGUAGCUAUCAUCUCACGCUUAGAGCAUAACCUUUGACUUCUUGCGAGGACCUAUUUACCUCGUACUGAGAGCUUCGGCUCUCAUCUAACCCAAUAUGGCGCCUGCCCUGAACCCCAGAUCCGGGUUCAGGAUGCGAAGAAGUCAACUGUCAGGCGGCGCAAUUGCUGGGACGGUUAUCGGCAGCCUCAUCGGAGGCAGCCUGUUAUUCAUAGUCCUGGGCUUUCUCUACUUCCGGUACAGACGGAAGUUGAGAGAGGCGAAAGAGGCGGGGACAUUACCAACUGGGAGUUCUCCAGGCAACCGAACCAAGUCUAUAUUCAAUUUUGGGAGUUUCCUGCCUGGACAAACCCCGGCUACAGGGCCGGAUCAUCUCCCUUCUACGAAAGAUGAUCUUGAGAGAAUUGGCCCAGGCUUUAGCGACGGCUCUGAGUUCCAACAGACACAACCUGCCGUUUAUGGACAUGCAUUUGUGAGAGAUCAUGAAUCCUAUUAUCCAUCCCAAGACUUUGGCCAGUUGUCUCUGCACCCGGGCGUCAACUUUUCUCCGCCCCCUCAACUUACGGCUUUUCCAACUACCAACGACCCUAGGGUCAAUCUGCCUUCUGAAAAUGUUGUCACGGGAUACGAAGCAGCCAAUUCUAGUUAUUAUGACACCAGGAUCUCGAUGGGCUCAAACCCUGAGCAAGAAACGAUACCACCGUCUAGACAGAUGACAGAGCUCUACGAGGCUCAGCUGAGAGAUUCCCGAGAACGCCAAAGAAGUGGCUCUUUAAUUAGUCGACUCUGGAAUAGCAUUAAAAGGAAGCGUUCUACGCAUUCCUCAGCUCACGGCACGAGCAGUCCUCAUAACUCAACGCCUCAGCAGUAUUUUACUGCCUCGCCCGUUACAAGUCCUGUCAGUAUGAAGCCGCAAGCCGGAUUAGAAGUUACGGAAGGAACCAGUACUCAAGAAAAACUUUCUAAAAAUCGAUUUUUUGAAGAGCCUGGCGAAAUCUCCGAAGAGGGGGGUAUUUCAGGCACUUCUGCAGGCGGGAACGGGUCAGAAAAGGAUCAGCAAAACAAGAGACAGCGACAGGGAGACUCGCAGUACGAUGUAUACCCUCUGCAGACUAGCUCGACGAUACGAGAAACCACCGAGAGGGAUUCUGAGCUACCUUCAGCUGCUCUCAGAAGUCCGGACUCCGCCGAUCGGUUACCUCACUCAACUCAGCCACAAUCCGAGACCCGGCCUCAAGAACGUCUUAUGAGCCCGGCCAUCCCGGAGCCCAUGGAGCUGGACGAUACUCUUGAUGUUGCUAAUAGACCCUCUGUCUUCCGUAGCUCACACUCACCUCCUCUUCAGCCCGAAUCGUUCGUGUCGCCAAUGUCCAUCAUGCAGCCCUCUAACGCUGCCGAGAAAGCUGCUUACACUCACUACCAAAUGGAGAACUCAGCAUCUCCUCCAACUUUCCCUAUUUUACCGCCUGCUAUCGUGACAGAGCAGACGGCGCAAGAAAACCCCGAGAAUCCUCCUUAUGGUUCUCAAGACGAUAUUGACGUCGAGAGCUUCCUAGAUAUUCCUAGUGACGACGAGCCUCGCCUAUCCGGUGAUUCGUACGACUAUACGACCACGCCGGGGCAAAGUUCUACGGAUCCCUCCACGGGGAGGACACCGGACACCCGGCUUACAGUAUCACCAUCACCGUACCCAAACAUGCAUGAGCAUGUCAAGAUGGAACCAGAAUCGAGCUCGUCGCCGGAGGUCUCCAAGAUCCCUUCUCCACAGUCAUCUGGCCAUAUAUGUGAGGAGUGCGGCCGUUACUUCGAUCAGGUUCACAAACUUAACCAUCAUAAACGCUAUCACGACCGCAAGCACGGCUGCCCUUACGAGGGCUGCGAUAAGAAAUUCGGCACCAAGACGCACCUCGACCGCCACAUCAACGAUAAGCAUGUGAAGUCGAAAGCCUAUCAUUGCAUAGAACCAACAUGUCCAUACUUCAAGGGAAGGAAAGCAUUCCCGAGAAAAGACAAUUGGAGGCGACAUAUGAUUAAAAAGCACGGGGCGAUGCCCAGCGAUCUCGAGGCAAUGGACGAGUCGAUGGGAUGAAACUUGUUGGACGCUCACUGCUCUCCACUACACAUUAAUAGCAGCAGGUGUACAUUACCGUAUGCCUCUAUCCGAGUAGUGCAUCAUCACUACAAGUGAUGUUGGGAUGUCCAUGAUGAUGUUUUUCACGGAAUUGACGUUGCUUGGCACUAUUUGGACCUAAUCUUUCGGCAUCUUAAAUCUUACGAACCACGUUUGACGAGCCUAUAUAUGCUAUUACUGGUUAAAUAGUAUGAGGCGCGGAGGCUUCUACUCGAUAGGCCCCCCAAAAUCUAGAUUUCGUUUAUUUGGACUUCAAUACGCUCGUUUGCAUAAAUUGGGUAUAUAUAUUUUUUGGUAAUAUCAUUAGGGCAUAUGGGAACCAGCGAAUUCGGGAUCGACCCUACUUUCCAUGUUGAUCAUUAUAACAAGCAACGGCGCUUAGUGUUCCUCUCAGAAGGUUGUGUGUUUCGUAUAGGGUACGGGUUUAACUUUCAUGAAUGUUGCCAAAAAUGGCCAAGGGCAAAACGGCUAGAAGCUGUCGAACAACCUACAAUGCAAAUCAUUUCUGUACUCGUUGAUUCUCUAAUUAAUUGGUCUCGAUUUUCAGCAUCGUCCGCUUCUGACUUACCUAUAGCUACUAACCUUAGAACUACAGUAUCGACCUAAACUAAAGUAACCUUUAUUUAGUUAGUAUAGCUGAAAACAGUAAAAGAGAUAUCCAACAUUGUCAA